ACGGCCGCGCGCGGAAACCGGCACGCGCGUGAUUCGAAUUCCGAAUGUUUUGUUUUUUUUCUUUGAAGUUUACAGCCAGUGUCACAUGUGGCCAGUGGUAGUGAGAUGUUGACGGAGUUGAGCAGAUAUGGAUGGGGAGAACCGCAUCAUUUUGAACGUUGGCGGCAUCAGAUACGAAACCUAUAAAGCGACACUGAAGAAGAUCCCGGCGACGCGGCUCUCGCGGCUGACGGAGGCGCUGGCCAACUACGACCCCGUCCUCAACGAGUACUUCUUCGACAGGCACCCCGGGGUCUUCGCGCAGGUGCUCAACUACUACAGAACUGGCAAGCUGCACUACCCCACAAAUGUCUGCGGGCCACUGUUCGAGGAGGAGCUGGAGUUCUGGGGCCUGGACUCCAACCAGGUGGAGCCCUGCUGCUGGUCUACAUACAGCAUACACAGGGACACUCAGAAUACCCUGGCCAUCCUGGACAAGUUGGACAUCGACAGCGAGAAGCCGUCAGAGGAGGAGAUCGCCAGGAUCUUCGGUUACGAGGAGGCUUACCAUGCUGGCGAGCUGGGGAUCUGGCAGCGCCUUAAGCCGCGCGUGUGGGCACUGUUUGAUGAACCCUCCAGCAGUUCUGCCGCUAAGGUGAUAUCAGGCGCGUCAGUCUUCUUCAUCUGCGUGUCAGUCCUGUGCUUCUGUCUGAAGACCCACCCGGAGCUGCGCGUUGUGGACCCCCUGGUGGACCUCCCCGUCAACUCCACCAUCCUGGAGGGGCCGUGGGACAACGGGACUCCCCAUGUCGCCUUCUUCUACAUCGAGCUAGUCUGCAAUGUCUGGUUCACCAUUGAGCUGCUGGUGCGAUCUGUGGUAGCGCCCAACAUUAUCGAAUUCGUGAAGUCCCCCGUCAAUAUCAUUGACUUCCUAGCAACGCUGAGCUUCUAUGUGGACGUGGUCGUGGAACUGACGGUGCUCAAACGUAACAUAGACAAAUCCGAUAUCCUGGAGUUCAUUUCCAUCAUCAAAAUCCUCAGGCUGUUCAAGCUGACGAGGCACAGCCCCGGACUGAAGAUCCUGGUCCACACCUUCAAAGCAUCAGCCAAGGAGUUGACUCUGCUGGUGUUUUUUCUGGUGCUCGGCAUAGUAAUCUUCGCGAGUCUGGUGUAUUAUGCGGAGAAGUCGCAGGACAACCCCGACAAUCAGUUCAAGUCAAUCCCGCUCGGCCUGUGGUGGGCGAUAGUGACCAUGACCACGGUGGGCUACGGGGACAUGGCGCCCAAGACCUACCUGGGUAUGUUCGUGGGCGCGUUGUGCGCGCUGGCCGGCGUGCUCACGAUCGCGCUGCCUGUUCCCGUGAUCGUGUCAAACUUCUCCAUGUUCUACUCGCAUACGCAAGCACGGUCGAAACUGCCGAAGAAAAGACGACGGGUGCUGCCCGUGGAACAACCCCGGAGGAAACGCGAUGCCAGCGCUUCCAACCGGCGGGUGAACGCGGUAAAACACCCCGUGGUACUGAAGGAGAUACCAGUGAAUAAUAAAUUAGGAGUAAACGGUAUGAACAUGAUAAGCCUAGCACUCCAGGGGCCAUCGAGUAUGCUCCGACCGCCGAUCACCCAACCCCUUCAAGCCAGGGCACCCAUAGUCGAGAGUCCCAUAGUGAACACGCAAAGCGGCGCGAUAUCGCUCGCGUCCCUGCAACCACCUCUGGUGACCGCUCCACCCUUACAACCUCGCCCUGCCACCACCGGAGCCCUAGACCUCAUGCUGCCUCUGCAACCCAAGCUACUGCCAGGCUAUAACCUCCAAGCGUCAUAUCUCUCCAACACCCUCUCAACAGUGCGACCACCCGACCUGCCCAGUAGAAAACUAGUGAUCAUAAAACCAGUAAAUGAUAACUGUGAAAAAUUAGAUAGAGAUGAUAAUGAAAUUGUAAAUAUUGGUUUAGAAGAAAAUGACAAUUUAGAUGUAGAAGAGAACGAUAACGUUAUUGAGACUGUAGAUAUCAGUAAGAAAGAGGAUGAAAUCAAUUCUAACGUUGUAACUGAAACUAGUGACAGCACAGACAAUGUAAGUCCUAAUAAGAAUUCGGAGUAAGUGAUGAACCUAGCUGUAAACCCCAAUGUCUCAUUAGAUUUAAAAUUUUGAAAUUAAAAGUAGAAUAUACUAAAUUCGAUAUUAGCUCAGACCAAAUAAAAUGAAGAGAGAGUUCUGUAAGCCACAAAGCCAAGUCAAAUUAUACUGUAUUUUAAUACAACAUCACACACACAAUGUGUAU